AUGGGGUCCCUUUUCGAGCAACCUAGAAAUGCUGGAACUUUGUUCCUCGGCGGCCAAAAGAUUAGUGGACAGGAUAUUCGAGAUCAAAAUGGUAUGAGCUAUCAUGACUAUGGAAAAGUUACAAAUGAUGGCGCAACCAUCCUGAGCUUAUUAGAUGUCGAACAUCCAGCGGGCAAGAUCUUAGUCGAUUUGGCACAGCAACAAGAUAAAGAAGUGGGAGAUGGAACAACAUCUGUGGUUAUCAUUGCAGCAGAACUUCUUCGACGAGCCAAUGAACUUAUGAAGAAUCGUAUACAUCCUACCACAAUCAUCACAGGUUACCGUUUGGCACUUCGCGAAGCCGUCAAGUAUAUGCACGAGAACAUCAGUGUGAAGGUGGACCAGUUGGGCCGAGAAUCUUUAAUCAGCAUUGCCAAAACUUCCAUGUCGAGUAAGAUUAUUGGAUCAGAUUCCGAUUUCUUCGCAAACAUGGUUGUAGAUGCUAUGCAAGCAGUCAAAUCAACAAACACCCGACAGGAAGUCAAAUAUCCCGUUAAAGCUGUCAACAUUUUAAAAGCACAUGGAAAAGGAUCUUUGGAGUCCAUGUUGGUCAAGGGAUAUGCUUUGAACUGCACAGUUGCUUCACAAGCAAUGAAGACAAGAAUUACAGAUGCCAAAAUCGCUGUUCUAGAUAUCAACCUACAAAAGGAAAGGAUGAAGCUUGGUGUCAAUAUUACAAUCGACGACCCACAACAAUUGGAACAAAUCCGACAAAGAGAGGCUGGAAUUGUUAUGGACCGAAUCGAUCUGAUCCUCAAGGCUGGAGCCAAUGUUGUUAUGACGACAAAAGGUAUUGACGAUAUGUGUCUGAAACUCUUUAUUGAGAAGGGUGCAAUGGCCGUUCGAAGAUGUAAGAAGGAGGAUCUGAGAAGAAUAGCAAAGGCAACCGGUGCUACCUUAAUCAGCUCAUUGUCAGAUUUGAACGGUGAUGAGAAAUUCGAGGCUUCUUCAUUGGGUCAUGCCGAAGAAGUUGUUCAGGAGAGAAUAUCUGAUGAUGAAUGUAUCUUGGUCAAGGGUACCAAAGUUCACACUUCUGCUUCAAUUAUCCUCCGCGGACCCAAUGACUACCAACUCGACGAGAUGGAGAGAUCAGUUCACGAUUCUCUAUGUGCUGUUAAGCGCACCUUAGAGAGCGGAAGCAUCGUUCCUGGAGGUGGUGCAUGCGAGACUGCACUCCACAUUUAUUUGGAAGAAUUCGCCGGUACCGUUGGUUCAAGAGAACAACUCGCCAUUGGCGAAUUCGCACAAGCUCUCCUCGUUAUCCCCAAAACUCUCGCUGUUAACGCAGCAAAAGACUCCUCCGAAUUGGUAGCACAACUCCGUUCCCGUCACGCCCUAUCACAACGCAUCAAGGAAGGAGAUGCCAACGAGGACGAAAAGACCAUUGCCAAGAAGAAGAACUACAAGAACUACGGAUUGGAUCUGUUGAAGGGCAAGGUAGUGGAUGAGAUCAAGGCCGGUGUUUUGGAGCCAAGCAUGAGCAAGAUCCGACAAUUGAAGUCGGCAGUUGAGGCUUGUAUUUCUAUUAUGAGGAUAGACACUUUGAUUAAGCUGGAUCCGGAACAGAGAGAGGAUGAUGGACAUGGACAUUGA